AUGGCGCGACGGUUGACGCUCCUGGUGACGUCCUGGGACGGGACCGCGCGGCGGUACGCGUGCCGCGCGCGCGAGAUCGGGGACGUGAAAUCGUUGAACUCGAUCGAUUUGGGCGCGCCCGCGCUGUGCGGGACGUUCGUCGGGACGGAUGAGGACGCGGCGUGCGUGGGAUGCCUCGACGGGUCGGUGCGCCUCGUCGAUUUUAAAACUGGCGCGUUUCGCGUCGUCGGCGCGCACGACGACGGCGCGGUGUCGGCGGUGGAGUACGAUGAUGCGACGAAGAAAUUGUUUACGUUUGGCUGGGAUCGAACGAUUAGGGCGUGGGAUUUGACGAAGGACGAGCGAGGGCGCGCGGUGUCGACGACGAAGACGGCUGGGAAGUGCUACGCGGCGGAUUUGAGAGACGGUAAGAUUUUCGUGGCGACGAGCGAUGGGCAAGUUUUGGCACGUUCGAGCAUGCGGUUUCAAACGCGCGCCAUCGCAGCAAAUAUCCGAGGCGAUGGAUUCGUGGCCGCGAGCGUCGAGGGACGCGUAGCGGUGGAGUUCAUACGCGAUGAAGAGAACGACAAGCGAAAAUAUGCGUUCAAGUGUCAUCGCAAAACCGAUGACGCGAGCGUGGGUGAGAUUGUUUAUCCCGUCCACGCGGUGGCGUUUCAUCCCGUCCACGGCACAUUCGCCACGGGCGGCGGCGACGGUUACGUCAAUUUUUGGGAUGGCGACGCUAAAAAGCGACUUUUUCAGUCGCCCCGCUACCCCACCUCCAUCUCAGCGCUCGCUUUCAGUCCUUGUGGGUCCUUGCUCGCCAUCGCGUCUUCGUACGCGCACGAAGAGCGAGAGAACAACAAGCCCGAAGACCGCGUCUUCCUUCGCGAGACGCGCGCCGAGGAAGUCACCCCGAAAUCGGCCAAGACAUCCUAGACAAACGACCGACCGAACGAACGCGCGCGCGU